AUGAAGAUUAAGCAGCCGAGAACCUUGAUAGACACGAUCGGAGUUGCUCGACUAAUUGAGGAGCGGAACCAACUACAACGGAAAUCGAACCAGCAAGUUCGAUCCCAACCAGCCGUAGUAUCCCAGAGGGGGUCACCUAACCCAAUGGCAGGUGUGCUCAGGCCUCCACCAACCCAGCGCACGAACCAGGUUCCCAGCGCUCCACCAGCAACAUUCCGGCGACUCACCAACCAGGAGGCGCGAGAACGUCGCGAGAAGGGAUUAUGUUACUACUGUGAUGAGAGGUUCACCGCUGGCCACCGUUGCGAACGACCACAAUUAUUCAUGAUCGAGGAUCCCGUACAGGCGGACACGGAGAAUGACGAGCCAGAGGCAGAGAACCAAGAAGCGAUUCCUGAGAUCUCCUUCCAUGCAAUUGCAGGAGCUGAGCACCCGCAAACCAUACGCGUUCUAGGUAAGCUGAAAAACAAGAACGUGACGGUGCCUAUUGAUGGCGGCAGCACCCACAACUUCAUUGAUCAAGCCAUAGUCUCUAAGUUCGGGUUACCAGUGAACCGAGACAAAAAAAUCCAAGUUAUGGUCGCCAACCGGGAAAAGAUAGAAUGUGUGGGGCAGUGCCGGGCUCUCACUCUCACCAUCCAAGGGCAUCCCAUUACUGCUGACUACUACGUUCUCCCAGUUGCGGCAUGCCAGCUGGUAUUAGGAGUACAAUGGCUAGAAACUCUUGGACCCAUCGAGAUGGAUUACAAACAGCUGACCUUGGCGUUUAAGAAGGGAGGAGUCUCUUGCACCUUCCAGGGAGUGGGACGAGCCAACAUCAAAGCCUUGACCGACAAGGAGUGCAAUGGAUUACAAGGUACGGGGUUCCUUUUCCAAAUAGUUCCUUCAAACUGCAUUAGCCAACCUAGUUGCUAUCCACCUGAGAUGGACCACAUUCUAACCGAGUUUUCUCAUGUAUUUGAGCCGCCCACCAACCUGCCUCCUAAACGACCACAUGACCAUCAAAUUCCGCUCCUUCCCGACAAGGGACCAGUUAGUGUGAGGCCAUAUCGGUACCCAUAUUACCAGAAGACGGAAAUAGAAGAAAUGGUGAAGGAGCUUCUGCAGUCGGGAUUGAUAAGGCCAAGCAACAGCCCAUUUUCAUCACCGGUUUUGUUAGUGAAGAAGGCUGAUGGAGCUUGGCGAUUUUGCAUGGAUUACCGAGCACUGAACGACAUCACGGUUAAAAACAAGUACCCCAUUCCUGUGAUUGAUGAACUAUUAGAUGAGCUCCACGGRACCAAAUUCUACUCCAAACUAGAUCUACGGUCUGGGUACCAUCAGAUUCGGGUGCAAGAAGAAGACAUUCUGAAAACAGCCUUUCGGACGCAUGAAGGGCAUUACGAGUUCUUAGUGAUGCCGUUUGGCUUGGCGAAUGCACCAGAAACCUUUCAAAGCCUCAUGAACGACCUCUUCCGUCCAUACCUCCGGAAAUUUAUUUUGGUCUUCUUCGACGACAUUUUGGUUUAUUCGAAAUCAUGGGAAGAUCAUAUAUCUCAUUUGCGAAUUGUUCUAAAAAUAUUGUCCUCUAACCAAUUAUUUGCAAAAAUGUCAAAAUGUCGAUUUGGUGUUUCGCAGGUCGAGUACUUGGGUCAUAUAAUUUCGGAGCAAGGCAUGUCGGUUGAUCCAACCAAAAUACAAGUUGUUAUCGAAUGGCCUACACCGACAUCGGCAAAGGGGGUCCGUGGCUUUCUCGGUUUAGCAGGUUACUACCGGAAGUUCAUCCGUAACUUCGGAAGCAUAGUAGCUCCCUUGACCCAACUAUUGACCAAGGGGGGAUUUCAAUAG